CAUGUUUGACCUCUUGCGGAGCUCUGCUGUUCUGGCUGCGUGGCCUCAGUGGCCAGCUAACGUGUGUACAAAAGUGCGCAGCUCUUUACUCAGAGCGUGUUCUUGACAUGAGCUCUGAAAUGCUCUCUGAGCGUGCUCUCGAAAUGCUCUCUCAGCACGCUCAGAACUCUUCGCUCUGAGCAAGCAAGCAAGCCAAUGCUGAGUACGAAACGCGCAUGAGCACAUAGCCACAAGCGCUGGAGGAUCGCGAUGCAACGCGCUGGAGCGGCCUCCACACCCCCAGCAGCUUCGCAGGCGUGAGGAGGAGGAGGAGGAGGCACUACCCACAGGCGGCGAGCUGGGGAGGAGGAGGCGCUACCCACAGGAGGAGGAGGAGGAGGAGGCACUACCCUGGGUAAGAAGCCCACAGGUGCAGUGCCGCAGCUGGGGGCUUCGCGGAGCGAAAACAAUACCCGCGGGCACCGCCGCCACGCAGCGUGCUCCAAGCAGGCGGUGCCUCUCGGUCAAAAUGGCCACUCGGCAUGCAGGACGACCACCUCACCAAUCAGGGAGGACCUCCAGCCCCCCAACUUUUACGUCCAGGGCGAAGCUUCCAAACGGAGUCGGGGCCUUCGGCCCCGAACCGAGAGGCAACUUCGCCCCAGUUCGUGGGUGGUUUCCGUUCCAGAGGUGGUCCAAGCGGGCACGUGUCGACGAGCAGCGCUCGCAGUGCCCCCUGCAAUCCACCGCCAGGAGCUUAUGGAGCGAGUGUGUUCCACACGAGCUGCAGAAGGUGAACGGGCCAACGCACCAAAGGCGGUGGCCUACGACAGGCCGGCACGGGGCCUGCCUGAGCGUCUUGGCCACCUUGGUCACGCGCAGGCACCUUACGCAUCGCAGCUUACCCGCAAACUGCACUAUGUCGAGCUCUCCCGCGGGGGCCUCCUCAUCAGCCGUGAGCCUCGGAGGAGGAGACACUACCCACAGGCGGCGAGGAGGAGGAGGAGGAGGAGGAGGAGGAGGAGGAGGAGAAACGGGAGGAGAGGCCGCGGCUCGUCGCCAGCCCUCCGCCGUGGGACGAUGCGGCGCCCAGCUCCAAGCAAGGCCCGCGCGCGGGCGCCCUUCGCCCGAGGGCCGCCCGUGGACGCCUCGACGGGCGGCGCGUGCAACGGCC